AUGUUGGCAUAGGUGAACCACACAACUACACAGUGCUUUUUUUAGGUUUUCGCUGAGCCUAAAGAGAAAGCUACUUUAAACAAAAGAAUUACUAGAAGAGGAUACCCAGCCAACCUCAAGGUUUUUGGAAAUGGCCGCAACAAAGGGCAAAUUGUGUGUCACAGGUGCUGGUGGAUACCUUGGUUCUUGGGUCGUCCAGCUUCUCCUCUCCAAGGGUUACUCGGUCCAUGGAACCGUUAGAGAACCCGCCGAUGCGAAGUAUGCUCACUUGAGCAAGCUCGAGAAGGCCUCUGAUAAUCUGAAACUUUUCAAGGCAGACUUACUGGAUUACAACUCCCUUUAUUCUGCUGUUGAAGGAUGCAGUGGAGUCUUCCAUGUUGCUAGCCCUGUUCCCUCUAUUACUGUUCCAAAUCCCGAGGUAGAAUUAAUGGAUCCAGCCGUAAAGGGUACACUAAAUGUGCUUGAAGUAUGUGCUCAAGUAAAAGUCAAGCGAGUUGUUGUUGUGUCCUCUGGAGCUGCAGUGUCCAUGAACCCAAGCUGGCCCAAGGGUAAAGUGAUGGAUGAAAGUUGUUGGUCCAACGAGGAAUAUUGCACAUCAACUAAGAACUGGUAUUGCCUUUCCAAGACAAAAGCAGAAAGUCAGGCUUUUGAAUAUGCAAAGCAAAGUGGGCUUGAUGUUGUUACUGUUUGCCCUACCCUCAUUUGGGGGCCAAUUUUGCAGUCUACAGUGAAUGCAAGUAGCAUGGCUCUUAUUAAGCUUUUGAAAGGAUAUGAAACUGUGGAAAAUAAGUUUCGGUUAGUGGUAGAUGUGCGUGAUGUAGCAGAAGCAUUGCUUUUGGCAUACGAGAAGCCUGAGGCAGAAGGGAGAUACAUAUGCUCAGCACAUGCAGUCUGGACAAAAGAUUUGGUUGAGAAAUUGAGGAGUAUAUAUCCUAGCUUCAAUUAUCCUAAAAACUUCUCCGAGGGAGGGGAGGAACAAAAACUGAGUUCCGAAAAGUUGAAGAGACUAGGUUGGAGGUAUCGAACAUUGGAGGAAACUCUCAUCGACUCUGUGGAGCGCUAUCACAAAACUGAAAUCUUGGAUUAAACCAUAAAUUUUAGAAAAAGGAAAAGAGAGAGAGUUUCAUUAAGUGGAUAUUUCGAAUUAAAUACUUGUUGAGGGCUAUUAACUAUAGUUUAUCAGGUGUUUGAUAAUAUAAAUAUGUCGGUUCAUAAUGUCGUACUGAAUUCUGGCGUUUAAGUUAUAGUGUAGAAACUGUCAUUUUCCAUGGUUCA